AUGGCACGCCCUUCGUUAGACCGGCCUCCGUCUUGCUCAAGAAGCCGCUCGCCUUCCCUCGUCAAAUCCUCUUCUCACCCCACUCCCCGCCGCGCAAUCCGCCCGCUGCUUCUUCUGGUAGCCCUCAUCAACCUCUCAUGGUCGCUAUACCAACUCCCCACCACCCGCGUGAUUGAAUCCCGGCUCUGUUUUGACUACUACUCCCUCAGUGAUCCUUCAGCCGUUCCCCUGGACGGCACCAUCCCAGAAGAGCUGUGCAAGCUCGAUACCAUCCAGCAGCGCUUGGGGAAGUUGCAAGGGGUGAUGGAGACCAUCUGGGUUGGGGGUGACUUUCUCGUGACGAUUCCUUUGGUGACGCUGGCGGAUCGAUAUGGGUACGGAUUCGUUUUGAGGCUGAACCUGGUCCCCCGCGCUUUUUUGCUGGGGUGGAUGCUGUUUGUUGGGUACUUUAGGUGGCUGCCGGUGGAAUGGGUUGUGCUUGCGCCAGCGGGGAGUUGGCUGGGAGGUGAUUGCGUGUUGAACUCGGUUGUGUACUUUCUGGUGUCGGAGUUGACGGGGGAUGUGGUUCUGCGGGCGACCUUCUUCGCCUACCUCAACGCUACGACUUCCAUUUUCUCGAGUCAGCUUGGGCCUGCUCUGGCAUCAAUGACCAUGUCAUUCAGGCUGUGGCUACCCUUCGUACUAGGACUUGGUCUAUUGUUGAUAUCGGCACCCCUGAUCUCUUUGCUUCCCAUAGCGCCUCCCCCGCACCCAGUUGAACCCCGAGAGACGCAUGAUGAAGAAAGGUCUUCUCUGCCGUCUCCUCAAGCACCACCCAAGUCUCUGCUCUCCCUCUUCAGCACACGCCUGUCCUCCAUCCUCUCCCUUCUCACCGCCCCCACGCCCAACUUCGUCUUACUUCUCGUCGUUUUCUUCCUCGCCUCCCUCGCCUCCUCCGACACGAAGCUCCUCCCCCUCUACAUCACCAACCGUUACCACCUCCUUCUCUCUUCCAUCGGCUACCUCCUCUCCGUCAAAGCCGUCUUUAAUUUUUUUCUGUUAACCUACAUCAUCCCCGCCCUCCUUCGAAAACAGGCCGGGUUCAUGUCUGCUCAUGAGCCCGAAGCCGGUCCCACGAGGACAACGAUUCACAACGCCAAAAUCUGUUUACUUCUGUCGGCGUUCGGCGCAUUGUGCAUCGCCCUCGCUCCUAGUAUUGGCUGGCUCGUUUGUGCGUUGGGGGUGUAUGCACUGGGAAUAGCUCUGCCAAUGUUCACUUUUGGGCUGCUAAAGAGUGAGCAUGUGGUCAAGCAGGUGGACUCUGAGACAGGGGUGGUGUUUUCAGUCGUGAUGCUCGUUCGGACGGUGGGAACGCUGAUGGGGGCGAUGGUGAUGCCCCUGCUGUGGGUGGAAGCGUUGAAGACGGGAGAUCCAGAGGAUUUGGGGCUGCCUUGGGGGGUUAGUGGGAUUAUUUAUGCGGUUGCGAGUGUGGUAUUACUGGGUAUGAAGGUGGCAGGGUAGAUCAUCCCCUUCACAUGGAAAUUCUGGAUAACUUCUUGGAAAGCAUUUAGAAGCAAAGUCUCAUCCUCUACACGUUGCACUACCCAACAACCCCCGCAACCGAACCCCUACUCACCCCCCGCCACCGUCCCACUCCCCACCCUGACCAAAUCCUCAUUCUCAUACGUCUCCCUCUCAAACCCCUUCGCAACCCCCUCCAACAACGCACCAGCAACCUGCCCAACCCUCACCUUCCCAAUCCCAACCACGCCGAAAAACACCCUCACCAACACCCCCGUCUCCUUGGUCGGACCAGAGAUAAUCCCCGGCUUCGCAAUCGCCACCUCCACCCUUCCCCCAGAUGUUUUCCCAAACUCCAAGAUUUUGUUUUCCGCCUCGCCGCGGAGAACGCAAUAAUCGCCCAACAACAACGGCUUCUUUGCCGGAUCCCGCACAGCGUUCGCACCACUGACAUAGACAAAUCUAAACGGCCUUUUAUCCGUCAAGGAGG